GUGCUCCAGACUUCCUGCCGUGCGGGCUCGCCCAACUUCCUCCGCAGCAACAUCAUCACCAUAUAACCAACCACCAUGACUGAGAUGUCACUUUCAGACUCGGAUCUAUCCUCGCUGUCAUCAGCACCGCCGACAGACGAUGAGUCCAUCUUCCAAGCUGUGGAACAGCCUGUUGGCAUCCAGAAGUACUUCAAGAAGGGUCCGUCUCCAGAAUCUCCGCCGCCGCCCAAACGCCCUGCUUCACCACCGCACGAAUAUGUUCUGGCAGACAAUCCAGAUAUCGCCUUCAUCGUCAUGUUCCGCGCGCGUUUCCACGACGUGUUCCCUCGAUCACUACCACACUACGGUCCUCAGGAUAUUGAGAGAGGUGUCGCAGAUAUAACACCUGGAGAUCACAUAGAGAGGUUACUUUGCGCAUUACUGGGCUUGGUGUUGAACAGGAAGAAAGAUGUUGAGAGAGGCCAUUUCCAGCGUGCCCUUGAGGAAGCAGUUCAAACUCAUGUCUCUCAGUGGCCGCGGGCGUGGGAAGGAAAGAACCCCCUUCAUGGCGGGCGCACUUUUGCGACCAUGUCCCCAGAAGAACGUUUGCGAUUGUUGAAGACCCUAAUUCUCUGGUCUUUGUCAUCCUCUGAUGCGGUUCAGGCUAAAAUCAAGGAAUCAUACAAGCAGUCGCGUCGUGACGAUGACUUGAACCAGCCCUUGUCUGUCCAGCCUUGGGGAAGCGAUGAUCUCAAGAGGCGGUAUUGGCUUAUAGAAGGUCUUGACGACACCCAUUUUAGACUAUAUAGGGAGAGCAAUCCGGCGCUGAAGACCAACACCUGGUGGAGUGUCGCGGGCACCAUCGACGAAUUGAAGGCAGUGGCGGAUAAACUAGAGAAAGACAGAUCUCAACAAUCAAAAAGGCUGAGUGAGAAGAUCAGACUUGCUAUACCCCGUUUUGAAGGUUCUGAAGAGAAACGCAGACGCCGCGACUAUCGCCUGGCCCGGAAAGCUGCUUUCUCUCGGCCAGAGCCUGGUUUCUCCCUCUACGAGGGCCGCACUCGUGGAAAAAGAUUGAAGUACACCUACUCUGAUGAUGAGGACAUUUUCUCAGAUGGUCUCCCUCCAAGCACGCGCCGGUCAACGCGGAACGCUUCGGGGGUGUCUACGCCCGGUGAACCUGCAGGACCGACAUUCACGGCGAGCGGGCGACAAGUACGCACUCGAGCUGGAGGCAUCUACGGCGAAUCUAUGUUGAGCGGGCAACGCCGUGACGAUGACGCCUCUGCCGCGCAAAACAGCAGUGAGACUGGUAGACGUACUCGUAACGGUUGGUCUUCUAGAGCAAACCGGUAUGGAGACUCCGAUGACGAGAUGGACGAGGGGUCAGACGGCGCAUCGAGCGGCAACGAAUGGCAAGGCGGGGACGACGAAGAAGAAGAGGACCAUGAGUUCGACGGUGACGAUGAAAAUCUCAGUCAGGAUGAAUUGGCGAACGGUGAAGAAAACCCAAGUCUCGUGGUGCAGCUCAGAUACGGCAAGGGGAAGAAGCUAAGCAGCCCCGGACUGGAAAACGGCACGACGCAGACUCCUUCUGAGAAUGCUGCUGCCAACGAGGCUACGCAGGUCGAGCCUCAAAAGAUCCCACAGGAGACUACCCCCAAGAAUCUGCAAGAGCAAGAAGUCAAGCCAGCAAUGCCUGCUGGAGAGCCGCUUGUCAAAGAACAGCCUCAGGCUAACGAAGAGAAGCCUUCUGAGGCGAGGCCGGCUGAAGAAGCUCAUGCACAAAUCCCUUUAGCACCAUCUACAACUUAAAAGACCAUGGGAGCAGGCGUUCUGGUGGCGAGGAGUAACUUUGUUAGGAGAUUCGUUAAGAAACAAUUACAGAGUCUUCGAGUAGAAGAACAGGCUAUUGCUAGAUAGAAUGGGGAGAGGUAUCGAUAAAAGCUAAUCGACAAUAUUUCCUUGACCGUACACUUCUUCAAUGAACGAUGUCUUGAUGUUAAUUGCACGCUUCUCCUUGGUGAGCCGUAUUUUUGAAACGUGCUCUUCAUAAUUCUUUAAGAGGAAGUCUCCACCAAUCAAAUCGGUGCUAUGGUCUAGGAGCAGGACGCCACGUUGUGGAUGCACAGUUAACAAAUCCAUUGGCUUCUUGGCCUUUGGAAAAGGAGACUGUUAAACCAACUUCCGUGUCAG